UGACCUUCAAGGGUCGAGUGCUCUAGGUCGGUCUCCGCAUGGCUAGAGGACUAAUUGGGAAUAUGGUUUCUGAAGCCCUGGUUGGUCUUGACCUGAUUUUCACAAAUGACGUCUCUUCGCAAUAUUCUUCAGCUGUCUCGUCUGGGUUUUCAUUUCUUUGCAUAGACUUGUUUCAUCCAAAAUCAAUUGUUGAAGAUCCGUCAGUUACUUCUGCUGGUCCUGAUCCACGUUCUGACCUUGCCUACGAAAAAAAUGGCAAAAGCAUCACGAAGUCGUUGGUAGGUAAGGUAUCAAGGACGAUUGAUGUUGAUGUUGAUAUAAUAUCCAUCCGUCAGUCUAGUGCUCAACUAUUAAUGAAAGAACUUAGUUGGGCUGCACAUCUAGGCUUGCCUGCCGUUAUCAUCAGAGUUAAUCGUCCAACCAGUCCUAAUCUGGCCAGGUUACUAAUAAAUUUUAUACGUGGGGAAUAUACCCCGAUUAAGAUAUGGCUAGUAUUUCCAAUGGUAAUCAAUCUCAACAACUCUAAUGAAAUGAGUAAAAUGGAAAACAAAGAAUCAACACCGGAUGAAUUAUCAUUGUAUUCACCCUGGCACUGGUGGCUAAAUCUAUCUACCAUGACAGCUGAUAUCUCAGACGCUCUUGGCAUUGUUCUUGAGAUACCAAAUGACCUACCCAAUGAGUCAGUGAUUUCAAGAUGGUUUAGUGAGCCUGUGGUUUGUUUGUUGAUCGACACACAGCUGUUCCUGACAAAUUCCAAGGGCUACCCUGUACUACCAAAGAGUCAUCAGUAUAUCAUCAGCCGGUUCUUUAAGCUGAAUGUACAAAUUGUACUGACUGGUGCCUGUCGAAAUGAUAAAGGUUAUACAGCAUAUCAACAAUAUAUCGCAUGGCUUUGGCAAUCUCAAGAUGCUCCUGAUUUGUAUGAAGAACAGUCAAAGGGAUUAGAAGAUCAAUUACAGGAACCUUUGCAACCACUUCGUGAUAACUUGUCUUCUACAACAUAUUCAAUAUUCGAAAUGGAUCCGUUUAAAUAUCAAGCGUAUGAAACUGCAAUUUACAAAGCUCUUUGCGACCGUCUAUCUAAAUAUAAUGAAUCGAAUACAGCUAAAGAAAAAUGUCUAACCAAGCCUUCACAAUCAUCACAAACUAAAGAGCAUUCAAACGCUCUUAUCAAUCAUAAUUCAAAUAUUUGUCAAGUAGUUAUGGUAUUGGGUGCAGGUCGUGGUCCCCUUGUCAAUGCGACUAUAAAUGCUGCUGAAAGAGCUCAAUGUAAAGUUCGGAUAUAUGCAGUUGAAAAAAAUCCAAAUGCAUUGUGUACAUUACGUUCUAGGAUAAAUCAUGAAUGGCAAGGAUUAGAUGUACAAUUAAUUGAAGGUGAUAUGCGUAAUUUAAAAACACCAGAAAAAGCUGAUAUAUUUGUCAGUGAACUACUUGGUUCAUUUGGUGAUAAUGAAUUAAGUCCAGAAUGUUUAGAUGGUGCACAACCAAUGUUAAAAGAUGAUGGAAUUAGUAUACCGUGUUCCUACACAUCAUAUGUUGCUCCUUUACAAUCCUUACAAAUAUAUAAUGAAACUAGACGAUCUAAAGAUGUGACCAAUAGAGUCGGAUAUUCCAUGGAAACACCUUAUGUUGUUCGACUUCGUAAUUGUCAAAUAUUGAGUUCACCUCAACCAGCUUUUACAUUUGAACAUCCAAAAAAAGAAUUGGAUCAGUCGAAUGCACGUGAAGUGUGUUGUAGCUUUAACAUUCAACAAGAUGCCGUUGUACAUGGAAUUGCUGGUUAUUUCGAAGCAAUUCUCUAUAAGGACGUAACACUCAGUAAGUUAUUGGGAUUUAUUAUAAUUCAUGUAUUUGAAGGAAGUUUCACAAGAUUCCACGUUGGUUGCCAGGCAAGCCACUGAUUAUUUGAUAAAAUGGUGUCUUUUCCGCAUUUUUCUUUAAUGUGUUGGGUAUUAAGGGUCCUACUACGUGGUAAAAUAUCACGAAGCCUGGUUCUUUUUUCGUUCUAAAACUGUCACAGUAGCGCCUAUCAACUAAGCAUGUAUUUUUUAUUCGACGUACAUAAAAAUGACUAAUGACCUGCUCCUAGUAGUGUAUUGAGUGUUAACUCAGACUGCAUGCAUGUAAAAUCUCAAGCGUUUUUAAGGUAAUUAGAAAAAACUGCUGGUGUCACUUAACAAUUAAGAAUCUUCCUUUUACGUUUUACUAAGUGCGUGACCGUUAGACAACAGUCAAAUAAAACAUGUAAACGUAUUUUGACACUUACCUAACAUUCUCUCACUUAUGUUCUUACCAACUUAUUCUUUUAUCCCAAAUCAUUUGUUGCUGUUGCGUUCAAUUAUGUUUGAGUUGUUGUACUAUACUGUACUACUACCUAUAUGGUACAGAUUUCCAAGGAAAAUAUUCUUAUUCGUAAAGUACCUAAUCGUUUUUCAGUAAUUCGACACACUAAAUGGAAAGGAAACCUGUACACGGCUGAGACAUCUCCGAGUAGUGAUGGUUGAUGAUACCCCCAAACUCUUUAAACAAGAGUAUGUUAUAUACUGUCCAAUUACCGCACUUAAUAAGCACACAUUUUGCUAAAAGCGUUAAUGUCUCGUCCGUUUUUUAUUAAGUGAUUAAUUUCAGUUAACAUAUAUUGGAAAUUGACUGGUGAACAUCAGUCGCACUUAAAAAUCCGCUUUCUCACUAAACCCACUAUGUUUUCCUACACAUGCUUAUCAACUUAACGAAAAGCAUCUAUUUGGUGAUUGCUUUACAUCAAUAUAUUAACAAAACUAUCUUGAAAUGAAAGCCUGUAUCACUAGAAUUUUCCAAGUACCAGACCCUGAAUAUGACCUGAAAUAGUAUACAAAGUUCAUAUAAUUCUUAUUUCCCAGGUACACAUCCGGACCGUCAUAGC